UUGACACAUGUCUUUCAGAGUCCACACUGUUUAUCAAUGUAUGCUGUGGCGUAGUCGCAGGAAUCGUGUCGAGUUCACUGGCUAAUCCCACAGACGUUCUCAAGGUGCGGUUGCAAGCAAUGACUGAGAUAAAAAACAAAGAAGCCAUGACUCAAGCCUUUAAAAGAAUAUACAUGGAGGAGGGCAUUAAAGGAUUGUGGAGGGGAGUGGUUCCCACAGCCCAGAGGGCAGCUAUUAUUGCAGGAGUGGAACUUCCUGUGUAUGACUUCUCCAAGUACUGGAUACUGAAAUCUGGAUAUCUAGAGGAUAAUAUAGGAACACACUUCAUAUCUAGCUUUUUUGCCGGACUGGCAGGUGCAAUUUUUUCAACUCCAGUUGAUGUUAUUAAGACAAGAAUGAUGAACCAAAGAAAUUUGAUAGAGAAAUCUCCAGCUUCCCAGAUCUACUCUUCCUCCAUGGAUUGUGCAUUACGGACGAUUAAAACUGAGGGAAUUCUGGCUCUAUACAAGGGGUUCAUUCCUAUCUGGGUGAGACUAGGACCCUGGAAUAUCAUUUUCUUUAUGACUUAUGAACAACUGAAGAAGGUGAAAUGAAGAGGGUAAAAACGGGUGAUUCACACCGCCUGAGGAAGGGGAAGUGAAGAGGGAAGAGGGUGAAAUAUGACAAUUCACAGCGGGUGAUGGAUGACGAGAACAGCUGAAGAGAGUGAAAAAUAAGACAAUUCAGACGAUAUAGGUGGUGGAUCCAGAAAAAUAACGUGGAAGAGGACAUACCCCCCC